GUGACCGGGUGACAGCGCUCGCUUGGCUACAGAGCUUUCUUUAGGUGCUGCGGCACGGGAUGGCGGAGGCACCUCCUGUCUCAGGUACUUUUAAAUUCAAUACUGAAGCUGCUGAAUUCAUUCCUCGGGAGGAAAAAAAUUCUAGUCUAAAUUGUGGGACUCAAAGGAGACUAGACUGUAAUAGGAUUGGUAGGAGAAAUUACAGUUCACCACCUCCCUGUUACCUUUCCAGGCAAGUCCCUUAUGAUGACACCUCUGCUGUUCAUCAGCACAGUUAUCAUCCUUCAGGAAGCAAACCUAAGAGUCAGCAAACUUCUCUCCAGUUCCCUGCUUCUAAUAAAUCACCCAAGAGCCACGGCCCUCAGAGCCAACCUUGGCAGAAAUCGAGGAGUGAAAAGCACCAGACUAGAUUCAAGAAGGCACAAGGUCUCACUGACCAGACCUCAGAUACAGCUGGCUUAGAAAGCGUGGCCAAGUCAGAGAACGGGACAAACCCCAGAGAGCACAGCCCUUCUGAGAGUGAGAAGUACGCUGUUGGCGCAGAUCCCAGGGGAGCAAAACCCAAAAAAGCAACCCAGUUUGUAUGCAGUUAUGGUAGAGGACCAAAAGUCAAGGGGAAACCCAAAUGUGAAUGGGGUAACAGGGUGACUUUGAAACCUGAGGAUGCCAGACCUGAAAAUACCAAACCUGGGGGAGUUAUCCACCCUGACUCUUUGGAUGCAUCUUUUAGAAAAGGAGCGUUGGAUGGGUAUGGGGCCAGACGCAGCGAGCAGAGAAGAUAUCCACAGAAAAGGCCUCCCUGGGAAGUGGAGGGUGCCAGGCCAAGACCAGGCAGGAAUCCACCAAAACAGGAGGACCAACGACAUGCAAAUACAGGACUCAGAAACACAGCACCCAUUCUAAAGGAUAAUCUCAAUGAAAGACCAGCAAAAUCUACCUGUGACAACGGACACGUGGCCAUCGUCAGCAAGCCUUCCAGGAGGAUUGACCCAGAAAAACGCUCUGUAAGGAGGCAGGAUCCUCUAGGAGCAUCUCCUUUCCACCGAGGCAAACAGAACCAUGUGCUAAAAAAUGUGGAAACACACACAGGUUCUCUAAUUGAACAGCUAACUACAGAAAAAUAUGAGUGCAUGGUGUGCUGUGAACUGGUUCGUGUCAUGGCCCCAGUGUGGAGUUGUCAGAGUUGUUAUCAUGUGUUUCAUUUGAGCUGCAUAAAGAAAUGGGCAAGGUCUCCAGCAUCGCAAGCAGAUGGCCAGAGUGGUUGGAGGUGCCCUGCCUGUCAGAAUGUUUCUGCCCAUGUUCCUAAUACCUACACUUGUUUCUGUGGGAAGGUAAAGAAUCCUGAAUGGAGCAGAAAUGAAAUUCCACAUAGUUGUGGUGAGGUUUGUAGAAAGAAACAGCCUGGCCAGGACUGCCCACAUUCCUGUAACCUUCUUUGCCAUCCUGGGCCUUGCCCACCCUGCCCUGCCUUCAUGACUAAAACAUGUGAGUGUGGACGGACCAGGCACACAGCUCGCUGUGGUCAGGCCAUCUCAGUUCACUGUUCCAACCCAUGUGGGAAUGUUUUGAAUUGUGGUCAGCACCACUGUGCUGAGCUGUGCCAUGGGGGUCAGUGCCAGCCUUGCCGAAUCGUACUGAAUCAGGUAUGCUACUGUGGCAGUACCUCCCAAGACGUAUUAUGUGGAACAGAUGUAGGAAAGUCUGAUGGAUUUGGGGACUUUGGCUGUUUAAAGAUAUGUGGCAAGGACUUGAAAUGUGGGAACCAUACAUGUUCUCAAGUAUGCCACCCUCGGCCCUGCCAGCCGUGCCCUCGGCUCCCCCAGCUGGUGCGCUCUUGCCCUUGUGGCCAGACUCCUCUCAGCCAAUUGCUGGAACUUGGAAGUAGUGGUCGGAAAACAUGCAUGGAUCCUGUCCCCUCAUGUGGAAAAGUGUGUGGCAAACCACUGCCUUGUGGUUCCUCAGAUUUCAUUCAUACCUGUGAAAAGCUUUGCCAUGAAGGAGACUGUGGACCUUGCUCUCGCACAUCAGUUAUUUCCUGCAGAUGCUCUUUCAGAACAAAGGAGCUUCCAUGUACCAGUCUCAAAAGUGAAGCAGAUGCUACAUUUAUGUGUGACAAGCGGUGUAACAAGAAACGGUUGUGUGGACGACAUAAAUGUAACGAGAUAUGCUGUGUGGUAAGUGUGCCUAUCAUUAGAUCCCAUGCAUUCAGGGCUGGGCUUCUGGAAUGCAGCCCAGACUUAGAAAUCAUUGAGAGGGGCUCCUUACGAAGCAACAUCCCCUGUCACCUGGUUGAUAUCUCUUGCGGAUUACCCUGCAGUGCGAUGCUGCCAUGUGGAAUGCACACAUGUCAGAGACUGUGUCACAAAGGAGAGUGUGCUGUGGAUGAGGCCUGCAAGCAGCCCUGUACCACCCCCAGAGCUGACUGUGGCCACCCAUGUAUGGCUCCCUGCCACUCCAACUCACCCUGCCCCGUCACUGCUUGUAAAGCCAAGGUAGAGCUGCAGUGUGAAUGUGGUCGAAGAAAAGAGAUCAUGAUUUGCUCCGAAGCAUCCAGUACUUAUCAAAGAAUAGCUGCCAUUUCCAUGGCCUCUAAAAUAACAGACAUGCAGCUUGGCGAUUCAGUGGAAAUCACGUUAAUCACCAAGAAGGAAAUUCACCAAGCCAGGCUGGAGUGUGAUGAGGAGUGUUCAGCCUUGGAAAGGAAAAAGCGGUUAGCAGAGGCAUUUCAUAUCAGUGAUGAUUCUGAUCCUUUCAAUAUACGUUCUUUGGGGUCAAAAUUCAGUGAUAAUUUGAAAGAAGAUGCCAGGAAGGACUUAAAGUUUGUCAGUGACAUUGAGAAGGAAAUGGAAGCCCUUGUGGAGGCCGUGAAUAAGGGAAAGAAUAUUAAGAAAAGCCACUGCUUCCCUCCUAUGAACAGAGACCACCGCCGGAUCAUCCACGAACUGGCCCAAGUUUACGGCCUGGAGAGCGUGAGCUAUGACAGUGAACCCAAGCGCAACGUCGUGGUCACUGCAGUCAGAGGGAAAUCCAUUUGUCCUCCUACCACUUUGACAGGCGUUCUUGAAAGGGAAAUGCAGUCACGGCCUCCACCACCAGUUCCUCAUCACAGACAUCAGACAGACAAGAAUUCUGGGAGCAGUAAUUUACAGAAAAUAGCCAAGGAGCCAGUAAUUGACUACUUUGAUGUCCAGGACUAAGAAGAUCAAGACACACUCAGAUAAGAGAAUGAUUAGAUGUAGUGGAGACUUGUUUGCAGCAGAUAAAUCACGCUUGUCCCUCCCUGCCUGGCAGAAUCACAGCUUCACAUGCCAUCUUGUAUGGAUACAAGCCAAAGCACGAGCGUGUCAGCAGUUCCCUUGUCCUCUCUUCCUAUCUGCAGAAAGGGUUUCAGUGCAGCCAGAUGUCCGACUGUGUGGCCACUAAGUUAUUCAAUCAUGUAUUUAAAGAGGCUCCUCACAUCAUCACUGUGAUUGCUCUCAGGCUUGGGGGAACAUUGGGUUUCAUUUGAACAAACCAGAAUUUUAGCCUGAGACUGGCUUGAUGACACUUAGUCAUCGCCUGAGCUGUCCCAGUUACUCAUCCUCCUAAAAAUGCAACAUCAGAUGCACCACGCUUUCUUAACCAACUGAUCUCAGUCUUUGGAAAGACACAAGUGGAUUUCUCAGUCUGAAAUAACCAACACUGUAUUUGUGUACCAGAUUUGGAAUCACACAUGUUAUCUUAAACCCAGCUAUCUUAUCUAAGUCUUUUGCCAAAAACUCUCAUCGUUCUGUUUAGCUGAACUUGAUUUCCGAUGCCAUAAGUUAGGAGAGGGGAAGAAUCAGGUUGAUAUACAAAAUUCCAUUUUCUUGAGUCCCUAGCACCUCUCAAACCACAUCACUGAACCUAUCUAGUGAUAGUCAACUUUAUCCAUCCACCAUGAUGGUAGAAGACAUUGAGCAAGCUCUUUCCCCUGCCAGGUUCAUACCGUGGCCUCUGAGCUGAUAUGUGUAGUCCUAAUUCCCCUUCUCUAUUUGAGAAAGAUUCUCAGGUAGACUAAGCUGGCCUUUGUUGCUUUCUGCUAGCCCUUUAGCAGGCAUAUUGGCUCUUCCUGUCUCUGAGCUCUGGGCUUCUGUUGGAAUAUUCAGAAAAAUGUGCAGACAGUCUAGGGCUUGUGCCCAGUGGCCCACUAGAGGUGUUUAUAAAGCUCUUUUAAGGCAGGCCAUCAUCAGUUACACUAAUUUGGCCCUCUUUACAUUGACACCCUUCAGCAUGGAGGCCAGGCUUCCAACAGCUUCCUCCUGCUCUAGAGCAAACCAUGAGCCCCAGAGCAUCAGAAGGAGAUUUGAGAAGUGGCACAAAGCCAGGUGCUUAAUUUUCUUAGGAAGAGCAGGGCCAUCCUUUUAUCCUCACCAGACAGUCCUCUUCGAAAGGCCUCAGGUACUGCAGCAGAAAGAAACAGGCAACUAGAGGGAAGAGACAGACAACUACAAAACCACCUUUGUCUGGGCCCGUUUAGUGCAGGGUCAGAUGACUCCCCGACACAAAGGAAACUCAUGAGCAUCUGUCAUCUCUCAAGCGAUGGAUCCAGCGAGUGGACUGUGGGUGAGCAUCUGGGAAUCAGCAGGAGCCCUGGUUUCAGAAUCUCGCUCUGCCAUGUAACACCUUGCCACUUGAUGGAAAGGAAGUAUAUCACCCACCUCCCCAGGGUUGUUGUGAGGAUGAAGUGAGAUAACAUAUGAGGAGGUGCCUGAUCCAUCAUAGGUGCUGAAAGUUUAUAAAAAUGAUAUUUGAUAUCUGGAAAAUAUGUAAGCAUCUUCUUUCUCCAUAAUACUAGCCAAGUAAAAGGUUAUGGAAUGCUAAAGGCCUCUUCUGGUGGAUGCUUGCAUGUCUGUCCCCUGCCAGCCUUGGGCCAAGUCUUGAGGUGGUAGGUGCCCUUUGGAGAAGGAAAGAGCCAUCCCUAGCCUCUUUUUUUCCCCAAAGAUAAACAGUAUAUGAGACAAGCCAUGGGGUGUGGUUUAUGGUGGGUUUAAGGAAGGGUUAGUUGUCUAAAGUAGGCCAGUAACUGAAGGUACAGAUGAUGAGGCUGGAGAGGUGGACACAGGCCAGUUCGUGGAGAGCCACAGGGAGCCACCAAAGGAUCCUAAGCAGAGAGUGGCAUGGCCCGAUUUAUGAUCAAGAGCAGGGGUCAGCAAAUUCUUUCUGUAGCGGUUCCUGUUGUAAGCUAUUCCAGCUCUGCCAUUGUAG